AUGGUCUCCCGUACGUAUGCUCGUCGAGCAGUUUCUGCUGCAAAAGCCGGCGUUUUUGGGCCUUCCGAACCAGGAGACCUCUCUACGACCAUGGUUCGCCGGCUUGAACCCAGUACAUCUUCAAAAUCCCUCAAAGGUGCACCGACAAUGGACUCAAACGUCGCACUGAAGGUGUUCGACGAAAUGAUUCAUCGACAGCCCCAAGUGCCGAUGUCAUCGUUCAACCCGUUGCUCGGCGCCGUUUCAAAAUCCAGGAGGUACCAGGAUUUGAUUUCCAUGUUCAAUCGGUUGGCGGAGGUAAAUUCUUUUCCGGACUACAUCGGGAUGAACAUUUUGCUUAAUUGCUGGUGCGAGCUGAAAAGGGUCGAUCUUGGUUUUGCUGUCAUGGGCGGGAUUUUCAGGAGGGGUUAUAAACCGAACAUCGUCACGUACACUGCUUUGUUGAAAGGUCUGUGCAAGGAGAAUAAGAUGAGUGCGGCCGUGCAGCUAUUGCGGAAAAUAAUGGGUUUAGGUUUUCACCCGAAUGUGAAAACACUGGGGACUUUGGUUAAUGGGUUAUGCAGGAAUGGGAAUUCUAAGGUUGCUCUUAGGUUGCACGAGGAAAUGAGUAGCGGGAAAUUCGUGCCGGGGAAAAGAUUUAAUCCCAGUUUGAUUUACUACAGCUGUCUCAUCGAUGGUCUCUGUAAAGAAGGGUUUGUCCAAAAAGGUGCAGAAUUGUUCUCAGAAAUGGAGGGAAGGGGAAUUUCUCCUGAUGUGGUUGCUUAUGGGGCCUUGAUUCAUGGUUUAUGCAAAUGUGGUAAUGGGGAGCAAGCAAAAGAAUUGUUCACCCGUAUGAUGGAUAAGGGCAUUCGCCCCAAUGUUGUGACUUUCAAUAUGUUGAUAGAUUCACUUUGUAAGGAUGGGAAAACCGAUGAAGCCCGCGGGAUUUUGGAGCAGAUGAUUAAAAGGGGCGAGAAACCCGAUUCCAUCAUGUUUAACACUUUGAUGGAUGGGUAUUGUCUCGAGGGCAGAAUCGGUGUUGCGACGGAUUUGUUCCUCUCGAUGGCCGCGAAAGGUCACGAGAGGGACGUCGAGAGCUACAAUGUUUUAAUCAAUGGCUAUUGCAAAUGCCGUAAAUUGGAAGAGGCGAUUACCCUUUUUAACGAGAUGCUUUCGAAAAAUUACAGACCAACUGUUGUAACUUUCAAUAUUUUGUUAACCGCUCUUUUUCGCGAGGGUAAUGUUGAGGAGGCCCGGGAGAUUUAUUCCAAGACGAUGAAGGAUUAUGAUCUGAAGCCCGAUUCUACCACUUAUAGUAUACUAUUGGGUGGUUUUUGCAAGAAUGAUUGUAUUGAUGAAGCAAUUGAGUUGUUCGAGACUCUCGAAAAGUGUGGGUAUAAGCCGAACGACGUGAAUUGUAACUGUUUUCUUGAUGGACUUUGCAAGGCGGGCCGGCUUGAUCUUGCUGGUGGGCUGUUUGAGAGGUUUGCCAAGAUGGGCUUGGCCCGAACGACUUAUACUUACUCGAUCAUGAUCAAUGGGUUUUGCAGAAAAGGGCAGUUGGACAAGGCAAACGAUCUUUUUAUGGAAAUGGAGAGUAAAGGCUGCCCUCCUGAUGUGGCGACGUUUAAUUCGCUUAUGCGUGGAUGUUGUGAUAAUAAUGACGCGCAGAAGGUGGUCGAGCUACUCCAGAAAAUGGCGGAUAGAAAAUUUUCGCCAGAUGAAUAUACUGCAGCCAUAGUUGUGGACUUACUGUCGAAAGAUGAAAGUUACUCAAAGUAUCUGAAUAUGAUACCCAACUUCUCUGGAAAGGCCUAA